CGCGCCACAAAUUACAAUAAGAAUAAGCAUUUUUCAACCAUGAUUGCAUGCAGAAGGUCAGAGAGAUUUCUAAAAAAACAUGUUUUCUUAUUUUGACCGUUAGAUGGCAGAAAAUAAAGAGGGAGAAAUACAGAGCUGAAGUCAGUUACUAGAAGAAUAAUUGAAAAAAGUAAAAUCUUCACCUGAUUGUCAUAAAGUGUUUGAUAACAACCCUUCAAAGAGAAAAUUUUACCAAAAUGGAUCAUAGACUUCCAGGUCCUAAUUCAAACAUAGCUGAAAACAUUAAACAGGCAAAAGAAAAGGUCAUUCAAGUUUACGACAUGCUGCCAAAUUUUUGUUCAAAUGAAGAAAUUCCUGAAUUACUGGAUGACCUCCGAAGUGUAAUGAAAGACUAUGUCUUGCUCGACACAAAAUACAAAGACCUUAAAACAAGCAAGCAGAAAGUAAUUCAGUUAUGCACUGAAAAAGUGAAGAAAGACAUUGCAGAGGGUAGAGAAAGCUCAGUUGCUUUCGAUGAAAUCAAUGAAUUGUUGAAAAAUACUUUGAGAAAUGAAAUGGAGAAACAUCAUGAAGGGUUUUUGGAAAAAGAUCCUUUGUACAUCACUAUGAAGAAUUUUGGUGAAGAUGAAAUUAACAAUGCAGAAGACCAAGCAAUGAAUAAUGAAGACGACCUGGCAGUCACUGGAGAAACCAUUCAGACAAUUGAUCCUUAUUCAAAGAAAGAAUUUUCUGAUCCUGUUAAAAACCUGAACUGUAAACACACAUAUGAAAGGGAAAUCAUCAUGGGACUGAUAGCAACAAACUCGAAAACCCGAUGUUAUUGGAUGGGAUGCAACAAUCGGGUGGCUAUUAGAGCUGAACAUCUCGUUUCUGAUGAUGAACUGAAACGUUACAUAAAUCGACUGAAAACAAGAGCGGCCAUUUAAUUUUUGUUGGUUAUUUGAAUCCAUUCCGCGAAAUUUCUUCUCUUUGUACAUGUCGUUCUUUCUCUUUUGAAAAGAGGAAGAAAAAAGUCUUUUUUAACACAGAUAACUCUAAAAACCACUGUAUGCAUAAAGCGAAUAAAGGAAUUUUGAACCAGA